GGGUUGAGGCGGGAAAGCGGUCCUCUAUGUAGGUGAACUUUUGUGAUCCUGGCCUCCAUUUUGUCACUCUCCUUUCGCGGGUCGACGCAGAGCAGGGAAGAAAAAUGGGAUACUUGAAACAAAUCGAGGUCGAAAACUUCAAAUCAUGGCGAGGAAAGCAUACUUUAGGGCCAUUCAUGAGAUUCAACUGUAUUAUCGGCACGAAUGGAUCCGGGAAGUCCAACAUCAUGGACGCGCUAGGCUUCGUGCUGGGGGAGCGGGCCAGCUCCCUCCGGGUGAAGCAGACCAAGGACCUGGUCCACGGGGCCCACACCGGCAAGCCCGUCCCCGGCCCUGCUGGCGUGUCCAUGACCUACUGCGGGGACCACGACGAGGAGGAGAGGGUGUACUACCGCAAGAUCUCCGGCAACUCAUCAGAAUAUUAUGUGAACGGUGAACAUGUAACCCUGGCCAACUACAAGAAGGAUCUGGAGUCGAUCGGCGUUGUGACCAAAGCCCGGAACUGUCUGGUAUUCCAGGGGGCAGUGGAGUCCAUCGCCAUGGAGAGCCCCAAGGAAAGGACCAAGCUGUUUGAGCGUAUCAGCCAAUCAGACGAGUGCGUUGCCCAGUAUGAGACGAUGAGAGUGGCUCUGCAGAAGGCCAAAGAUGACACUCAGUUCCAGUUCUACAAGAAAAGGACAGCCACGGUGGAGAGGAAGCAGAUCUCCCAGGAGAAAUCGGAGGCCAAGAAGUACCAGGCACUGGUUGACAGUCUGACCCAGAACCGGCUGAGGCUCAUCCUCUUCGAGCUGUACCACAACGAGAAGGAAACCCGUAACCUGAUCUCCUCCCUGGGGGAGGAACAGCAGAGGUUGGCCGCCGAGAAGAGCUGCAUGGAGGAGUGCGAGGUCACCGUCAAGGCCCUCAAGAAGGAUCACGGACGGCUGAACAGGGAGCAGCUGGCAAUGGAGAAGGAGCUCCGUGCCGAGGAGCAGAGGCUGACCCAGGGUCAGUCCCAGUACAUCAGGGCCAAGGUGAACACCUCCCACCACGUGAAGAAGGCGGAGGAGGCCAGGGUAAGGCUGCAGAAGAUCCACCGGCUGAGGGCAAAGAGGGAGGCUGCCAUGGCGGAGGUCAGGCGGGAGAUGGAAGAGCUGGACGCUGCCUGGAGGCGCUGCGAGAGGGCCAUGCAGGAGGCAGGGGCCCCCAGGGGCCAGGACAUUCAGCUAGCGGAGGAGCAGGUGGCGCAGUACAGGCAUCUGAAGGAGCUGACUAGGACGCAGGGGGCCCUCCUCUGCCAGCAGACAGAGAAGCUCAGCUUGGAGCUGAAAGCGAACCACGAUAAGAUCAACCUGGACCAGAGCAAGCAGAAGAAAGUGGAGGCUGGCAUCAGGAACCAGCAGAGCCAGAUGGAGGAUUUGACACACAGGGCAGAGAAGCUGGAGGAGUACACCAAUGGCUGCAACGUGACCCUGAACCAGUACGCCCAGCUGGAGAGCAGCCUGAGCGAGGAGCUGGAGCAUGGCCGCCAGCGGAGCAAGGAGGUAGAGGAGGAGCUGGGUGCGGUGCUGGAGGAGCUGGGCCAUGCCCGACUGGACCACCAUGAGACCUGGCGCCAGCAGCAACGCAAGGAGGUUCUGGGGAACCUCUUACGACUUUACCCCGACACUGUGUACGGCCGCCUGGUGGAUCUGUGCAGCCCCAUCCACCGGAAGUACCAGCUGGCCGCCACCAAGGUGUUCGGUCGCUACCUGAACGCCAUCGUGGUGGCUUCGGAGAAGGCAGCCCGCAGCUGCAUCCACUACCUGAAAGAGGAGCGUGUCGAGGCCGAGACCUUCCUGCCCAUCGACUACCUGUCUGUGGCCCCCCUGAACGAGCGGCUGAGGGAGCUGAGGGGGGCUAAGAUGGUGGUUGACGUGGUGCGGUGUAACUCGGGGGCCGUCCCCGGGCUCAAGAAGGCGCUGCAGUUCGUCUGCGGCAACGCCGUGGUGUGUGAGACCCUCAGGGACGCCCGUAGCGUGGCCUUCGACGGGCCCCAGCGCAUCAAGACCGUCACUCUGGACGGCACCCUGUUCACCAAGUCAGGGGUCAUCUCCGGGGGGUCCAGUGACCUGCGCACCAAGGCCCGCUGUUGGGACGAGAAGGCCGUGAAGACGCUGAAGGACCGCAAGGACCAGCUGACGGCCGAGUUGCGCGGUUUGGUGAAGUCCAGAGCCAAGGAGUCUGAGCUGAAGGGGGUCCAAGUCCAGACUCAGGGGGUCCAGAUCCGCCUCAAGUACUCCAACAAAGAGCGAGAGUCCGUCCUCCAUGGGAAUAUCCCUCACUGCCGGGCGGAGGUCUCUAGCUUGGAGUGUGAGCUGGUCAACCUUAAAACUGAGAUUCAAGUGCAGCAGGAGAACAUGGAGGUGAAGGAGGUGGUGAUGAAGGAGAUGAAAGAUAAGAUGGACCAGCUGGAGGACCAGGUGUUCGAGGACUUCUGUGCACAGAUUGGAGUGGAGAACAUCAGGCAGUACGAACAAGGGCACCUGAAGCACCAGUCGGAGCUGGACAGGAAACGGCUGGAGUUUGAGGGCCAACGGGGCCGGCUGGCUGCCAAGCUUGAGUAUGAGGAGGAGCAGGCAGAGCAGCAGCAGAGGAAGCUCAGCCAGCUGGAGGAGACCAUGGCUAAGGAGGAGCUCACUGUGGCCCAGCAGGCCAAGGAGGAGAAGAGGCUUCUGGGUGCGGUGGAGCAGGGCCAGAACAAACUCCUGGACUUCAAGAACCACCUGCUGGCCAAGAAGGUCCAGAUUGGAGAGUCCAAGACCACCCUGGACAAGGCAACCAAGACCAUGCAGGAAGCCAGCAGGAAGCACACCAGGCAGCAGAGGGAGCUGGUGUCCAUUGAGACGCUCCUGGAGCAGCAUCGGAUAUUUAAACACAACAUGCUGAUUGACUGCAAGGUCCAGGCCCUGCCGCUGAUGCUGCUCUCAGGAGACCUCGGUGAUAUCAGCCGCGUGCAGCUGGAUUCAGAGUCGGAGAGUUCCGUCCUCACCAUGGAUAUCUAUGAAAGAGAGGCACAGAUGGUGAUCGAUUACGCCAGCCUGGGAUCAGAGCUCAAGCAUGUGAGUACGGAGCGUGACAUGCAGAACAAGAAGGACAUGCUGGAGGAGGACGUGAGCUCCAAAGAGAAGACGUUGAAGGCCACCAGCCAGCCAAACCUCAAAGCCCUGGAGCAGAUGAUGGAGGAGGACCGCUUCGAUGAGGUGGUCCGAGCCUUCAACUCCAGCUCCUCUGCGGCCAGGAAGAGCAGCCAGGAGUUUGAGCUGAUCAAAACCCAGCGCUUCCACCGCUUCAACCGCUGCUUCGAACACGUGGCCAUCGCCAUCGACCAGAUCUACAAGAGACUGUGCCGGAACACCAGCGCACAGGCCAUCCUGACUGCUGAGAACCUGGAGGAGCCCUACCUGGGGGGGAUCAACUACAACUGUGUGGCACCAGGGAAGAGGUUCAUGUCCAUGGACAACCUGUCUGGAGGGGAGAAGGCCAUCGCUGCCCUGGCACUGCUGUUCGCCAUUCACAGUUACCGACCCGCUCCCUUCUUCAUUCUGGACGAGGUGGACGCUGCUCUGGACAACACCAACAUCGGCAAGGUGACCAGCUAUAUCAGAGAGGAGUCCAGGGAGCGCAUGCAGAUCAUCGUCAUCUCCCUGAAGGAGGAGUUCUACUCCCGGGCCGACGCCCUGCUGGGGGUGUACCCCAAGUUCAAUGAGUGCAUGUGCAGCAACAAGAUGACCCUUGACCUGAGGCCAUACCCCCUGAAGCAGGAAGACCAGGAUGAGGAAGAGCGGUGGCGCCCAAGGCUAACCGUCCCUGUAGAUCCCUAGACCUCGGGUCGUGGUACCCCCUACACCGGUUCCCUGGUUCAGUUCAGGAUUUUGGUAUUAAGUUAAAGAAGGGUGGUUAUUGUUGUCUGGGGGUUUGACUCUGGGUUAAGGAGGUUGUUGUUCGAGGUUGCUCAACCGAGCCUUAGUGUGUCUGUAGGGUAUUUAGACAAUUGUUGCCAAAUUCAAUUGUUUGUUUUUAAUUAAAAACAUUUAUUUUGUGAGUUCGGUUCAUCUAUGACAUUUGCUAUCCAUUAGUAUAAGUCUUUCAUUUUUCAUUGUCAAUUGUGGCUAAUCAUUGCCAAUGUUUAAAAUAUCAAUGUUUUAUCUGUAUUAAAACAUUAGCAUAUUCACCUAUAAAAACAAAGGGCCUUUUUUUUCUUAUAUUAUUUAAUAUUUUUGGUCUUAUUUAACAUGUUUCAGAGUUGGGUCCAGAGAAUUCCCUUUAAAGGUACUUGACAUUCUCGGUUAAGGUUUUAGCUUACAGUUCUGCCUGGUGUUAAUAACUGUUAUUAAAUUGGAAAAGCUGCAA